AUGGAGGACAGUGAGCUUAUCUUUCUGGAGCGCCAUGAUGAAGGCGAGGGCCCUACCGUGGCCUUCUCCAAAGACAAGCCUGGAGUCAGGGAGGCCAGGGACAGUAGGCCCGACUCAGGCCUGGGGCUAGGUUUGGGGCUGAAGCCAGGCCAGGGACGCCGCUCCUCGGGCUUCCACAUCCCCCUCUCCCCCUCCUCUCCGGGCUCCCUGGCUGACCUGGCCAUGGCCUCAUCGCCGCCCCCCGGCCUGGUGAAGUCCUCCUCCACAGAGCUGCAGACCAAAGAGACUGGUUCCUUGAGAAGCUCCAAACCCCUCCUCAGCCUGGUCAAGUCCCUCUCCACCGAGAUCUCCCACCUCGAGCCCGAGGUCUACCUCUCCAAGUCGGACUCCAAGCUCCACAUGCACCCCUGGAAGCAGUUCACCCAGACCCAACCCAAGCUCCAGGAGGCUGGUUCUGGGAAUGAUAGCUGGAUGGCACCCCCGUCCCCCGUCUCCCCCACGGAGCCCAAAGGAAGUUCCCUGAUGACCGAGUUCGAGGACACGCGGAGGAAGUUCUCGGAGGCCAUACAGGACCCCAUGAGCAUGUGGGGUAAAAUGAUGGGGGACGAGUCGAGCUCGGGGAGCCCCAAGCAGAAGGUGUCUGGGGGGGUCGGGGACUCACCUGCCUCCCUUGGUAGCUAUGGAGGUGGUGGGAGUGGGACCCCAUUGAACAUUGAAGACGGGAGCACAGAGACACAAGUAAGAUACAGACGUGGAACAGACAGCAAACUGGGUGUGUGUGAAACCCCACUAAGGAGACCCAGGAGGGGCCCUUUGAAGCCCUCACUUUCCCCAGAGCACCACAGCCAGCUGGGGGAUAGCCUCUACGAGAUCUGCACCAAUGGAGACCUCAUCCAGGUGGUAGAGGUCCAGGGGGGCGGAUCCAGUGGAGCUGGUACCAGAGGCCAGCAUCGAGGAACCCGUCCCCAGGCUCGAGGCAGGAUUCCUGUGGCCUCAGUGCCUGUCCGCUGGCUCUUGUUUGUGGGCGUACUUGCCUACGGGUUCUUUGUGCUCCCUCUGCCCUCCUAUGUGACUGGGCUGUCCCUGGGGCUAGCAUGUGGGUUCCUGUUAGGGUUGGUGGUGGUCCUGGUGUUCACGCCCCGUCCGGCAUCCAGAGCUUUGCCACCCUGGGGCACUACAGGGGCCCGGUGGUCCCAAGACAACAGCCUGCUGCCCUCGGACCCUGUUGGUGGGCCGCGCACAGAUGCAGAAGUCCUGGAGGGCUGGAUGAACGAGAUGCCCGUGUACGACCCGGAGACAUACCACCCAUCGCUCACCCACUCUGUGUAUGCCACCCUGUCGGGCAGCUGCCUACGCCUGGCCUACCCCCGCACCAACAUCCCCCGACGGGCAGCCUUCGACGAACUGCCCCAUGAAGCCGUGUUCCUGCGCUCGCGCUGCUACCAGCUGGCCAACUGCAAGGUCUCCCUGUUGCCUGCUGCCUUGGCACGGAAGAGAGUUUGGAAUAAGAAGUACCCUAUCUGUAUCAUACUGGCCGAGGGAGAGGUGGGGAGAGAGGAGGAGGAGAGAGUGGAAGAGGGGCAAGAGGAGGAGGAGAGGACAGACAAGCAGACACUCCCAGACACACAGACACAGGGCCUCCCCGACACUCUCUACCUCUUUGGUCGUACAGGAAGAGAGAAGGAGGAUUGGUUCCAGCACUUCCUGUUAGCCUCGAGGUCAGAGUUCAAGAGUAGCCCAAUCAGAGACGUGCCCAAGUCUGAGGUGUUAUGUAGUGGGAGCUCCAGUAUGGACAGUACGGAGAACCUUCCCCCUCUGAUUGGCCUGCGUGACCUGGUGGACUACGGCUCCUACAUGAGCCGCCUCAUUGGCUUAGAGGGUAGCAGUCCCAGCCCCAGCCCCUGCCACAGCGACCAGGGAAGCCCCACAGCCAGGAAGAAGUUCCCCAGUGAGGAGGCAUCAACAGAGGGGGGCUGCCCAGCAGAGGGCCAACCGGCCUGGGUCAAUGCCCUGGUGGGGAGGAUCUUCUGGGACUUCCUCCGGGAGAAGUACUGGGUGGACCUGGUGGCCCACAAGAUCCAGAAGAAGCUGAGUAAGAUCAGGUUGCCGUACUUUGUGAAUGAACUGAAGUUGGCUGAUCUGGACAUGGGUACCUGCAUACCUCAGGCGCUCAGCAUCUCCAAACCCUCACUGGACCACAGAGGCCUGUGGUUGGAGAUGGAGGUGGUAUAUACAGGCUGCCUACAGAUGACCCUGGAGACGAAGUUGAACCUGUGUAAACUGGGGAAGGAGAAGUCCAUUGGGGUGGAGGCUGACGGAGACAUCCCAGAGACCAGCCAACCCAGGCUGUGUGUAUUAGCUGACAGCGAUGAGGAGUCCUCCAGUGCCGGCUCGUCUGAUGAGGAGGAGGUGCCGCCCACUGAACCCCAGGGAACUCUGGGAGAUAAGAGCACAGGCACGCCACCACCACCAGCGACUGAUGGAGGUGGGAGCACCGGCAGACGGUUCCUGAGGUUCGUGGACAAGAUCGCCUCGUCCAAGUACUUCCAGAAGGCCACAGAGAACGAGUACAUCAAGAAGAAGAUCGCUGAGGUCUCCAACAUGCCACUGAUGCUCACUGUGGAAGUUCUGGAACUCUCAGGGACUCUGGCUGUCAACAUUCCACCUCCCCCUACUGACAGGAUAUGGUACAGUUUCCGCGUGCCUCCCAGGCUGGACCUGCGUGUGCGUCCCAUGCUAGGGGAGAGGGAGGUCACCUUCACACACGUCACAGAGUGGAUCGAGAAGAAGCUGAGUCGAGAGUUUCAGAAGGAGUUUGUGAUGCCCAACAUGGACGACCUCUAUCUUCCUCUCAUGUCCUCCGUGCUGGACAACCCUCCAGCAGCCCAGUAUUCCCCAGCCCACUCCUCACGCCGCUCCUCCAACAACUCCCAGUACUAUGUGUCUGAAUAG